UGUAGAUGACUAUAGCUAAUGGUGUCUCUUUUCCACAUACUAUUCAAAGUUAAAUUUUCCUAUAAAUAUCCCCUCAAACAAGCCUCAUUUCCCAUCAAUUACUUGUGAAGUCUUUGUAUUCUAGACCAAAAGCCAAGAUGGUGCUGUGUAAGCUUUCAUUAGCUUUUGUAUGUCUCAUGAGCUUAGCCUUGGUUCAUCAUUCCUAUGCCCAAAACUCACCACAAGACUACCUCAAUGCCCACAACGCAGCUCGUGCCCAAGUGGGUGUUGGGCCUAUGACAUGGGACAACAACCUUGCCACCUAUGCACAAAACUAUGCUAAUUCGAGGAUGGGUGAUUGCAAUCUCAUCCACUCCGGUGGGCCUUAUGGGGAGAACCUUGCUGAGGGCAGCGGUUCAUUUACAGGUACCGACGGAGUGAACCUUUGGGUGGGAGAAAAGCCUUACUAUGACUACAACUCCAACUCAUGUGUUGGGGGACAACAAUGCUUGCAUUAUACCCAGGUGGUAUGGAGAAACUCGGUCCGCCUUGGGUGCGCUAGGGUUCAGUGUACAAAUAACGGUUGGUGGUUUGUUAUCUGCAGCUAUGAUCCCCCAGGCAACUACAUUGGACAACGCCCUUACUAGAGAUCGAUGUACUUAAUAAUUGUAUGCAUGCUAUUUAUAUAUAUUACUAGCAUACAUUUAUAAAUAAGCCUACAAAUGAUUAGCACAAAAAUAAAACUACGAUAGGGAGGUAUGUUCCUAUGUCAUGGUUUUGAGUUAAAAUAAGUGUAAUUUUGGCUCUGUGCUUUGUUCUCUUUAAUUGUUUGAUUUUUCUUUUGUUAAACAGAGCUUAUAAUUUCAUAAAUCUAUCCUGUUAUUGAAAUGUUAUAGCA